AUGCCUAGUUUAAUUGCUGAAGUUAAGAAGGCUUCCCCUAGCAGAGGAAUUCUAAGAGAGGAUUUUGAUCCGGUUGAGAUAGCACAGGCAUAUGAGAAGGGUGGAGCCGCUUGCCUCAGUGUUUUGACUGAUGAAAAGUAUUUUAAGGGGAGCUUUGAAAAUCUGGAGGCUAUAAGAAAUGCUGGAGUAAAGUGUCCUCUACUGUGCAAAGAAUUUGUGAUAGAUGCUUGGCAGAUCUAUUAUGCUCGAAUCAAAGGAGCAGAUGCAAUACUUUUAAUUGCUGCUGUUUUGCCUGAUCUUGACAUCAGAUAUAUGGUUAAAAUCUGCAAGAUGCUUGGUUUGGCUGCACUUGUCGAGGUGCAUGGUGAGAGGGAAAUGGAUCGUGUUCUUUGUAUAGAAGGGAUUGAACUUAUUGGUAUCAAUAAUCGUAACCUUGUAACAUUUGAGGUAGAUAUCAGUAACACAAAGAAGCUUCUUGAAGGCGAGCGUGGCCAAUUGAUCCGUCAGAAAGAUAUAAUUGUUGUAGGAGAAUCUGGACUAUUUACACCGGAUCAUGUUGCUUAUGUGCAAGAAGCCGGUGUUAAAGCGGUUUUGGUUGGGGAGUCGAUAGUAAAGCAAAGCGACCCUGGAAAAGGAAUAGCUGCACUUUUUGGUAAAGACAUUUCUGUAUGAUUUUUAAUUAAAAGUUGGAUCGUUUGAUUUCUGGAAUGGGGAUAGUCUGUUUGAUUUACA